GUAGUUCCAUCAGCUUUGCGUUAGUAUCAGAAACACCAGUCGGAGUCGUUCGGAAAUCAGCUUCGCCGGAAAACGCAGGCGGAGUUGGUCGUCGACAGCCAGAAACAGUGAGAAAUUCCGUCCAGGUUGGCACCAAAAUGCCGGAUGUUCACAAACUUGUUAAUGAAUUUGUGAAUCAGCUUAAAAAACGGUAAAUUGUUUCUUCAUUGGCACCGUUUCAGUGAAUUGUGUAUUAGGAACAUUUUAUGACUUUUGAACUGUUUUUUUCUUUCUUUUUUUUUUCUCUCCCUCUCUCUGGUUGUGUUUGUUGUCUUUCUUAUUUAUUUAUUUAUUUAUUGAUGUGUGAUGCUAGUAAAAUUGAAGGUUCUCAGGCCACAGCAAAGCAGACAGCAGAGUUGCUUCGGUCUGUGAUUUCACAGCAAAGGGUGCCUCAAACAAACCAGGCUACAGCUCUGAUUAAUGCAGUAAGGGCUGUGGGGGAGAAGCUUAUCGCUGCUAACCCUGUUGAGCUUGCUGUGGGGAAUAUUGCAAGGCGUGUUUUGCACAUUAUAAGGGAGGAAGAUCUUUCCCUUGCCACAGCUGCUAUAUCUGGUUUGGAGCUAUCAGCUGUAAGUGAUGAUGAAGAUGACGUGGAGCGAGAUGAUUAUCCUGUUUUAUCUGCUGCCGCUGUUGCAGCUGCUGCAAGAAGCACCUUGCGCCCACCAUCAUUGCAAACUCUUCUAGAGGAUGCACCUAUUUCAGCCGCCAUUCCACACACAUCUUCUUCAGGGGGUGAUUCUGAAGGGAAAAGUAGAUCUGUUGAUAAGGGUUCAAGAGGUCGGAAGUUGAAGCAUGAUGUCAUUGAAGCAGUUAAUGAACUAAUUCAAGACAUAUCUACUUGCUAUGAACAAAUAGCUGAACAAGCAGUAGAGCACAUUCAUCAAAAUGAGGUAAUAUUAACGCUAGGUAGUUCAAAGACAGUUUUGGAAUUUCUUUGUGCUGCAAAGGAGAAAAAGAGAUCAUUUAAGGUCUUUGUUGCAGAAGGUGCCCCAAGAUAUCAAGGACAUCUCCUUGCAAAAGAAUUGGCUGCUAGAGGCUUACAGACCACAGUGAUUACUGAUUCUGCAGUUUUUGCCAUGAUUUCCCGAGUGAACAUGGUUAUCAUUGGAGCCCAUGCUGUCAUGGCUAAUGGUGGAGUCAUUGCCCCAGUUGGAUUAAAUAUGGUUGCACUUGCAGCUCAAAGGCAUGCUGUUCCUUUUGUUGUACUUGCUGGAAGUCACAAGUUGUGCCCUCUGUAUCCGCACAAUCCUGAAGUCCUAUUGAAUGAGCUGAGAUCCCCGUCUGAGCUACUUGACUUUGGUGAGUUCUCAGAUUGCAUGGAUUCUGCGAGUGGUGGAGGUUCUCUUCAUGUCGUUAACCCAACAUUUGAUUAUGUGCCACCAAAACUCGUUAGUCUCUUUAUUACUGACACAGGCGGGCAUAAUCCAUCAUACAUGUACCGGCUCAUUGCCGACUACUACUCAGCUGAUGAUUUGGUGAUGAAACGAAGACCUGUUACUGGAAGUUGAGUUCAGCUGCCCCAAAUUUUCUCCUACAAUGGGUGUCUGUUGUCCUCUGAUGAACCAUGCUGUAGACAGAUGUUCAAUGCAGAAGAAAAUAAACCUUGUGUAGUUCUGAGAAUUGGGACGGAGCAAUUGUAUACGGAGAAAUGAUCUGUGAAAAUACCAUGUGAAACAAGGAAAAUUCCAUUUUUGUGAUUGCUUACCACCGGGGAAUAACCCUUAUUUGAUUUAAUUUUUUGUCCAGUCGCAGGGUAUCAAGGGUCCCCCUAACUUUUUUGACUUGUAUAUCUUUUUCUACUCAGAGUUGAUAAUAGUACACAGAAACUCUAGUUGUUGGAACUUUGUUUCAUAAAAUGACUGUGACAGUAGAUUUUUAACAAUAUGGAGUCUUAAGUGGAUUGUUUGUUAGAUAAAUCUAUGUACAAUAAUUGUUUGCUCGAGUGGAUUGUUUAGAACAUGAUGUUCAAGUGGAAUGUUACAUUCAUAUUCUGUCUAUUGUUCAAGAUGUACUUUGUGGAAAUCUAUCUAUGAAAUCGAGACCAAGUAAAAUUUGCUUAACAGUUA